AUGCCUGUCGGUAACAAGGCCCAACAUGACGGCCUUGCAACAUCUGUCAACGACAAGAAAACCAAUGGCACUACUCAAAAACAUGGCAUUCGAUGGGCCCCCCUGAACAUUGGCGUCGAAAGGCGCCUACAGACCUUCGUCGUCCUGUGCCAUACUCUGACGAUUAUUAUCCUCUUGACGCUGUUUUUCUUUGUCUGUGCAAUGCCAUUGUCUUGGCCCCUGCUUCUCCCAUACCUUGUCUACAUAUCUCUUUUCUCCAACAAAGCAACAUCGGGGACAUUGCGCGGUCGCCGAGAGUGGCUUCGCUCUUCGAGAGUUUGGAAACUCUACGCUUCAUAUUUCCCAGCUAAACUACACCGCACCGAGAUCCUGCCGCCCACUCGAAAGUAUAUUUUUGGCUACCAUCCUCAUGGAAUCAUAUCUCAUGGCGCUUUUGCUGCCUUUGGCACCGAGGCCCUUGGCUUCUCCACCCUAUUUCCAGGGAUCACGAAUACCCUGCUUACUCUGGAUGCGAACUUCCGAAUUCCUUUCUACCGGGAUUACGCUCUAGCCUUGGGUCUGGCUAGUGUAUCUCGCGAGUCCUGCGAAAACCUACUGACAAAAGGCGGCGCCGACGGUGAAGGCAUGGGACGUGCAAUUACGAUCGUUGUCGGUGGGGCGCGCGAAUCACUUGACGCCCAGCCCGGUACCCUCAGCCUCGUCUUGAAUAGUCGCAAGGGCUUUGUGAAAAUGGCCGCUCGUACUGGGGCUGACUUGGUCCCCGUUCUCGGAUUUGGAGAGAAUGAUCUAUAUGAGCAAGUCGACUCUGAGCAGCAUCCUCACAUCCACAAGAUCCAGAUGCUCAUAAAGAAAGCCCUGGGCUUUACGAUACCACUCUUCCAUGCACGCGGCGUUUUCAACUAUGAUGUUGGCAUGAUGCCCUAUCGUCGACCGCUCAAUAUUGUCGUCGGUCGACCGAUUGAAGUUAUCCAACAACGCGACCAUGACAAGAUUGAUGAGGAAUACAUAAAUGAUCUACACAGCAGAUAUAUAAAAGAGUUGACACGGCUGUGGGAUGAAUGGAAAGAUGUUUAUGCGCCUAAUCGAAUCGCCGAGCUUGAGAUGGUUGCAUAG